AUGGCAGCGUGCUGCCGGGGCAACCGUUGGCAGCAACAGCAGCAGCAGCAGCACCUGCAGCAGCAGCAACAUCCGCAGCAACAGCAGCAUCUGCAGGAGCAACAGCAUCUGCAACAGCAGCAGCAGCAGCAGCAGCAACAGCAGCACCGACGCUCAUGCUUGCACUUCUGCAAUGGCCUGGCAGGCCGGGUAAUUCCCUGCUGCAGGUGCUUAGGCCGCAGCGGGAAGCAGCACUCUGCUGCGCUGCAUCAUCAGCAGCAGCAGCAGCAUCAGCUGGAGCAGCAGCAGCAGCAGCAGCAGCAGCAGCAGCAGGUGCAGCGAGCAGCAGCAGGUCCUGAAACCUCUCUGAAUCGCACAAGUUCGCUGUUGAUAUCUUCUGCUGAUGCAGAAGAGAGCGGGACGCUGCAACUAACAAAAAAGGCAUCCUUACAGAGAGAAGCUGCAGCAGCAGCAGCAGCAGCAGCAGCAGCAGCAGCAGGAGAGCAGACACGAUCAGCAGCAUCUGCCGAACUCAGAGGCACCAACGACGAUGUCUUCUUUGCUGGAGGUGCCUAUACACCUGAAUGGGCUGCAGCACAGAGCACCUUCUCUCUGGGUCUAAGCAUGGAGAGAAGGUCUCCUUCUUCCCUCAUAAGUUUCCCAGACUGCAGCAGCAAGAACAGCAGCAGCAGCAGCAGCAGCAGCAGCAACAGCAGCAGCAACAGCAAAUGGACCAGCAGCAGCGCAGCCAACGGCCUCGGCUCUUUGGUUGCAUCCGAUGCGGAGAAGGCAGCAGCAGUAGCGGCAGAAGCCGUGGCAGCAGCAGCCUUGAGUUUUAGUCUGCGUUCGCAGCAGCAGCAACAGCAGCAGCAGCAAAUGCAGCAGCAGCAGCAGCAACAGCAGCAGCAGCAGCUACUGCUGCUGCGGCCUCAGCAUACACCUUGUAGCUCCAGUAUCUCUGCUGCUGCUGCUCCAGCACCCACCAGGGGGGAUGGCCUCUGUCGGCCGCAGCUACCGGGGGGGCUCUACGCAGCAGGCUUGCAGGGUCCCCUGGCAGCAGCAGCAGCAGCAGAAGUGGAUAGAGGCGAUACGUGGCAGCAGCUGCAGCAGAAGCUGCAGCACCAGCGGGAGGCGUUGGCAGCAGCAGCUGCUGCUGCAUCAGCAGCAGCAACAGCAGCAGCACAGAAGUUGCGAGUUUCCGCUUCCCCGGAUCUCAAUGCCCCUCAGCUGGCAUUUGUUAAGGAGCUCUCAGGGCAGGAGCUGCUGGAGCAGCAGCAAGAAGAGCAGCAACUACUGCAGCAGCAGCAGCAGCAGCAGCAGCAGCAGCAAGAGCAGCAUGAAGGGCUGCCAAGAACUCAUACAGUCAUUGUUAAGAGACACCGCAACUACAGCUUCCCUUCUUGGCCUCUAGCGAAAGCUGCAGCAUCCGCAGCGAGCUCGCCCAGUUGCCAGCAGCAGAAGCAGCAGCAGCAGCAGCAGCAGCAGCAGCAAGUUAAGCAGAGGAUGCCUGAACUACGCAGGACGCAACAUGGGCUGCCUGUUGCUGCUGCUGCUGCUGCUGCUGGGCGCGAGUCGCCUGCUGCUGUUGCUGGCAGCAGAGAAGCAACUGCGUCUGUUGCUGCUGCUGACGAGGAGCAGCAAACCUUCGCCCCCUCCCUCUUCUCCAAGGAGACCCUGUGCGGGGUCCCGCUGCACAGAGACGCAGAGACAGCGGAAGGAGAAGACGCAACAGCUGCUGCAGCAGCAGCAGCAUUCGUCGAGGCACCGCUCCUACCUCCCCUGCAUCGGCCCCUCAGCCGCGCCGCCACCUUCACUGAUGCCGUUGCUGCUGCUGCUGCUGCCCGUGCUGCUGCUUCUGCUGCUGCUGCUUCUGCUGCUGCUGCUGCUCACUGCGUCUUCUCCUUGCAGCAAACAAAGGAAAACAGUUUUCUCUGUAAGCGUGCGCACCCGCAGGACUGUAUUGGGGCAGUGCCAGUGCAGCAACAGCAGCAACAGCUGCUGCAGCAGAGGUGGCUGCAGCAGCAGGAAAUGCAGCAGCAGGAGGUGAGCUCGGCUGCUGCAUGGUGGGAGGAACAGUCAUCGUCUUCUUACCCGCAGCAACAGCAGCAGCAGCACCACCACCACCAACUCCGGCAGCAGUGGCACGAGUACCAACAGCAGCAAGAGCGAUAUCCGCGAGAGACAAGUGCAGCAGCAGCAGCAGCAGCAGCAGCAGCAGCAGCAAGAAGCAGCCAAACAGAAAGGCCAGAAACAAUAGCAGCUCGGCGGCUGCCUCGAAGUCCCAUGACCCUCGGUGAGGAGAGACAGAGACGCCACAGGAGACACAGCAGCAACGGAGAAGCUGAAGCAGCAGCAGCAGCAGCAGCUGCUGCAGCAGCAGCAGCAGCAGCAGGUUAUAAGCUUUCUUCAGGUGAUGGUUUGCGUGGAGAUGAGGAAUGGGGAGACACCUCAAUGGCUCUGAGCCUUGAGAGAGACAGAGACAGAAAGAGAGACAGAAGAGAAGACACUGCAGCAGAAGGAGACAGCGACAGCAGCCAGUGUGGUGCUGCUGCUAAGGUGCAGCAGUACUAUGGAGGAGACAGAGACAGAAGCAGAAACCGAGACAGAGACAGAAACAGAGACAGAAACAAAAACAGAGACAGACACAGAGAUAGCGAUCCAGGCGGAGACAGAGACAGAGUUAGAGACAGAGGCAGAGACACAGACAAAUUCAGAGAAAGAGAAAGAGACAGAAACAGAGACAGGGAAAGAGAAAGAGGAGACAGAGACAGAAACAGAGACAGAUACAAUGAAGGGGAGAGAGUAAGACAAAGGGACAGAGACAGAGCCUGCUGCAUAUCCAGGCUGUCUUGCUGCGACCCCGGCCGCCGCAGAGAGACAACCCCCCUGCAUGCAGCACACUUCAGGGGGAGGCUGAGGCACUGGGGAGACAGCCAGGGGGGCCAGGGGCAGCGAGAGGAGACAGCAGCAGAGGAGACAGCAGCAGAGGAGACAGCAGCAGAGGAGACAGUCGGAGACACUCUGCGGCCCUCAGACUCCAUCAAGAUGGCUGCGAUGCCGCAUCCUGCGCGGCCUAGGGGACCCGAAGAGGAGCGUGAGAGACACAGCCGCAGCAACUCUGGCUGCAGCGCCAGCAACUGCAGCAGCCGUUGCAGCAGCAGCUACAGCAGAGAACAAAAAGCUUCGCUUGGAGAACAAGAAGCCAUGGAGGCAGAGGGUAUAUCUCUGCUGCCACCGCAGCAGCUGCAGCAGCAACAGCAGCAGCAGGAACCCACCGAAGCAUCUGUAGCAGAGACAUAUACUUCAAGCUGGGGAGACAGCUGGGGGCACCGCAGCAGCGAGGCGCAGCAUUCCUCCUGGCCGGAGGAGCAGCAGAGACACUGGGAGCAGCAGGAGCGAUGGGAAACAUAUCAGCAGCAUCAGCAGCAGCAGCACUUGCUGCAGCAGCAGCAGCAGCAGCAGCACUGGCAACCUGUAUAUAACGCGUCCUCCCCACACACAACAUUCCCCGAGUCUGUUUCUUCUGCUGCCUCAUGGGCUCGUGGAGAGCAGCAAGGUGAGCAGCAGCAACAGCAUCAGCAGCAGGAGCAGCUGCUGCUGCAGCAGCAGGAGGAAAGCUUGCUGCAGCACUCUGUAUGGGGGGACGAGGAGAGACCCAGGGGAGAAUGGGGGGCCCCACUAGCUGCUGGUGCUGCUGCUAUCUAUGCAGCAGGAGACAGCAGCUUAUCACCAGAGCAGCGGUCCGCCAGUGCUGCUGCUGUCUCUCCUGACUCUGCUGCUGCGUCGCACUGCUCUCUGUCUCCUCACAGCAGGAGACCCCGCAGGACUGCAGCUACAGCAGCAGCAGCAGCAGCAGCAGCAGCGCAGCAGCAGCAGCAGCAGCAGCAGCCGGAGAAGGGGCAGCUGGCAGAUGCUUUGCUGCUGCGGAUAGAGCCAGGCGAGUUUGCACCAGUGGACCCAACAGCAGAUGCAGACGUUGCAGCAGCAGCAGAAGCCGCAGCUGCUGCAGGAGCGUCAGAAGCAGUGGCAGCUGCUGCUGCGGUUUCUGACUCGGCCUCCACGCGUGGUGCAGCUGCAGCAAGAGAAACAGCAGCAGAAAGAGCAGCAGUAGCAGCUGCUGCUGCUCCCCUUGCUGCAGCUACAGCCCCUGGUGCAGCAACUGCCUCUGCAGCAAAUGAAGAAGACGGGGGGACGGCUGUCUCCUCAGCUCCGCCUUCUAUUCCCACGGAGCUGCCUUCUGAGGUUCCGCAGCAGCAAGCGUUUGCUGCAGCAGCAGCAGCUGCAGCAGCUGCUGCUGCUGUUGCUGCAGCCGGAUCAUAUGAUGAAUCAAAAGAAGAAAGCUGCGGAGAGGAAGAGGGGGAGACAACGCAUGCCUCUGCAACGUCGGAGCUUGUUGCAGCAGCUGUAGAGACAGCAGCGAGGCAAUGGAAUACAGGAGUAGCAGUAGCAGCAGCAGCACCAGCACCAGCAGCAACAUCAGCAGCGGCAACAAAGUCAGCAACUGCAGCAACAUCAGCUGCAGCAGCAACAGAGUUGCCACCUCAAAUAUUGCACUGGGAGCAGCUUAACAACAGCUCGCAGCAGCAGCAGCAGCAGCAGCAGCAGCAGCAGUCAAGUACGCCUGCAGCCGCUGCUGCACAGAAAGCUAGAGAGGCAGCUAUACGGGCGGCUGCAGCGAGUAGGAAGGCAAUCUCCGCAGCUGCAGCAGCAGCUAGGGCAGCAGCGACCCCGCUACCCCGAAGCAGCAGCAGCAGCAGCAGCAACAGCAACAGCAACAACGAAUUACAGAGGCAUCCCAGUCCUCCCUUCCCCAGGAGGAACAGCGCACAGCUGCCUCCCGUUGGUGCAGGCUGUACCCGUCGAGGUCCACCUGGCCGCAGCAGCAGCAGCUGUAGCAGCAGCAGCUGUAGCAGCAGCAGCAGUAGCAGCAGCAGCAGUAGCAGCAGCAGAAAUGGCCCAGGUGGCCACUCUGUAAGACACUUCGCCUCUGCAGCAGGCGCGGUUGCGGCAAGAUACGACACCGCCCCUGUCAGCUCUGCUGCUGCUGCUGCUGUCGGUGUUGCUGCUGCUGCUGCUGCAGCUAAUGCAACUAAUCCAAUGCAGGGCUCUAAUGAAAUAAAACAUUUCGGCAUGGCUGCAGCAGAAGGAAAAAAUACUGCUGCAGAAGAAAAACAAAAGGAGGAUAUUCGUGCAUAUUCGCAUGCAGCAAUUAAAAAAACCAGGGAAACUCUACCUUCAUACAGCAGCAGCAUCAGCAACAGAAGUAGCAACAGCAGCAACAGCAGCAAACGCAGCAGCAAUAGAAGUCAAGCAGAGGAAGAGACUGAAACCUUAGAGGAGUAUCCGCACGGCUCUAUGAUACCUGACAGCAGCAGCAGCAGCAGCAGCAGCAGCAGCGGUGGGGGCCGUUCCCGUCCUCGUGUUCUGCUUAUGCAGCUGCGCCUCAUGCAGCAAGAAGAGCAGCAGCGGGCAGCAGGGCUCAACUACCUGCAGCAGAAGCAGCAGCAGCUGCAGCGGCUGGCGCGAAUGGAAACAGCAAGGAAAGCCAAGGCUGAAGCGAUAGCAGUAGAAAAGAUACACAGACGAAUCGCCACGCUAGAUGCACUGCAGCAGCAAGUGCUGCAGCAGGAAGCAGUGCGCAGAUGCACAAGCGCUUUGCAGCAGCAACAAAUGAAGAAGCGACAGGAGAAAAGACAAAGCCGGCUCUUGCAGAGCAUGAACAAUGUUCAACAGCAGCAGCAACAGCAGCAGCAACAGCAGCAGCAGCAGGAUGAGGAGAGCGGGGUCAUUCUGCUAGGAUUCGAGCCAGCGCCUCCUUCAUUUCUCCCAGCAGUAUUUGAGCACAAGCGAAGAGAGGCGGAGCAGCAGCGGCUCACCAAGGCAGCAGCAUACGGCGUGCUGCUGCAGCAACAGCAAGCCUCUCUAGGCCGCCUGCAGCGGAUGCAGCAGGAAGCAGCUGAGCAGCUGGCCGCUGCUGUUGGCUUUCCUAAUUUCGAGCUGACACACUGUGAAGCGUAA